AUGUCAAUUGUGGCACAGUCAAAAGAUUCUGUAGUAUUAGAUGAUCGUUCCGUGCCCGACGCACAAACGAGGCAGCAGUCUUCUGACGAAAAGUCAAUUGACAUACCACCGUCAUGUCCCACUCGCCCAGAAACUACGCUAGAAGUUCCCAUACCAACUCGCUCCCAGCGCAUUCGAAAACCCGUUAAACAACAUGGUUUUGUGUUUGACUAA